UAACUUUUUAGUCUAUGGUAGCUUCCGUUAAAAAAAUAUUUUGUAAAAUUGAAAUGUUACUUUUGUUUGUGAGCAAUAACUUCAUUUUAACUUACUACAAAGAGUUUUUUAAAACACAUUUCAUUAAGAUUACAUUUAAAUUUCGUUUACAUCAUGGGGGAUGAAGUUAUUACAGAUAAUGAAACUCAAACGCAAACGCAAACACAGAAUUCCCAAAUAGAAUGGAGUCAACAAAGUCCAGCCUUCAUUCCAAAUAUAUGGGGAAGAUUAUAUCUCACAAAAACGUCCAUCUGUAGACAGAAAUGUUGGAAAAUCAAAACACCAGAAUAUUACGAUCUCAUCUCUUCAGAAUUUAGUCUUGGAAGAGCUUUCACCUGUACUUGUGUAAUUAGAAAGGAAAUGAUUAAUGACAAAAUUUUAAAAAAUAUCAGCAAAAAGCAUUUUAUUCUGAAGAGGGAGUUAUCGGAACCUCUCAGUCCAACAAUUAUUACAGACCUAUCUUAUAAUGGUACUUAUGUAAAUGGAAUCUUAAUUGGUAAAGAUCACAGCUGUAUACUUGAUAACAAUGAUGUAAUUUCAUUGUCUCAUCCGUCACUGAAAAUUUUUGUAUUUAAAGAUUUACUUAAAAAUGAACAAGACCAAGUACCUUAUGAGAUCUCUAAAAAAUAUUAUGUAUCUAGAGUAUUAGGCCAAGGUGCCUGUGGAAUAGUUAAAUUAGUUUUUGACAAAACAAAAUGCACAAAAUAUGCUAUGAAAAUAAUUAGGAAAAGUAGAGUAACUAAUGGACAAUUAAAUAACCUCAAUGACCCAAAGAAAAUUAUGAACGAGAUUAAUAUUAUGAAGUCACUUAAACACCCUUGUGUGAUUUCAACAGAGGAAGUGAUAGACACAUGUGAUGCAGUUUACAUUGUUCUGGAAUUGAUGCAAGGGGGAGAACUUUUUGACCGGAUCACAAGCCAAACUCAUUUAUCAGAAAAACUCACUAGGUUCCUAUUCAGACAAAUGGUGCUAGCUGUCAAAUACCUUCACUCUCAAGGCAUUACUCACAGAGACCUAAAGCCUGAGAAUGUAUUACUGGAGAGUAAGGAUGACAGAACUCUAGUCAAAAUAACUGACUUUGGACUGAGUAAGUUUGUUGGCGAGGAUAGCUUUAUGAAGACUGUGUGUGGAACAUUACUUUACUUAGCGCCUGAAGUGCUUGGAGCAAAUGGGCAAAAGUACUAUGGCCCCGAAGUUGAUGUUUGGAGUUUGGGAGUAAUAUUUUUUGUUUGUCUUGCUGGCUAUUUGCCAUUUUCAUCAUCUUAUAAAGACAUGUCACUUAAAGACCAAAUUGUUACUGGACGAUAUCGUAUCUCGGAAAAAAGAUGGCACGGAAUCAGUCUUCAGGCUAGGCUGCUCAUGAAAAGCAUGCUGACUGUGCAACCAUCGAAGCGAAUAACACUUGACGCAAUAUUGAAUCAUCCCUGGAUGCAGGAUGAAGAAGUUAUAAUAAGUGUUGACAAAUUGCUUUCCAAUGCUACACAAAUGAAGAGUUUCAGCGAAUUAACAUUAUCAACUGAUUCGGAUCAAGAUGAGAACAGCAACUCUGCCAAACUUAAUGUAAAUGUAGUUGCAACUGGCAAACGCGUAUUGAGCGACAGCUCCAAUUCUUUUGAACCGAUCCCAAAGAAAUUGAAAUUGGUAGCCACAGAAGGGAAAGACAAUAGUGAUUCGACGAACAGUUAUUAUUCAGAGGAAUAAAAUCUCAUUUUUAAAUAAUGAUAUGUUCAAAGAUUUUGCUUUUAAGUUAGCAAUUAUGAAAAUAAUAAAUACUGUUAUUUUAGUAAUGUGUGGCCAUUUUAUGAUUGUGAUGAUAAUCUGUUAUUUAUACUUAAUUGUUGAUUAUUUUGUCGAUUUAAAACUCGAAGUGAACCUCGUAAACUUAAGUCAUUAAUUGUACACCAGUGUUAUUAUUAAUGUUCUCCGAAUAUUGUGACAAGUACUUGAGAAACAGUAUACCUUUUUGUUAUUCAAAAUAUUAAUAAUAAUGAAAAAAGUAAAUAUUUUUAUAGUAAAAUAAAGGGUUAUAGUAAUUGUUCUUUUUACAUUUUUAAAUGUUAUUGUUUGUAAAAGUGCACUUGCGAUAUGACAAUUGUUGAUUUUAUGAAGAUAUGUUGCAGAAUGUUUACUAUUUCAUUAUUGAAUAUUUAUGUUGUGAUAACUGUUGUUUAGAAUUAGAAACCAAGUACUUAAUACAAUUUAUUUUUAAUAAUUGUGAUUAACAUCACGAUGAAGAGACAUGAUGCCGCCUUUAUAUGUAAGAUUUUUCAUAUUAUCGUGUUUGUAUUACAAUUGAAUAAUUGUAAUG